CGCGCGGGCAGGAGCCGACCGAGGACCGGGCGCGGUUGAUGGUGGCUGCGCAGAGUCCAGCCAGGACCUUGAGAGUCGGCGGCAGAGGCAACCGCGGCACCGGCUGAGGCGGCGGCCCGACGCGUGCUCUCUGGGCGGGGUGCGGCGGGGGCUGUGCCUGCCCAGGCCGGGCGGAGUCUCUCUGACAGGGAGGGGGAUGCGCGGCGGCCGCUCGCCCGGACCCUGAAGCAACUGGGCCCACCCUCCCGGAACCCUCCUUGGCCUCCGUCUCUGCUGUCUCCUCCGGCCUCACCCUGGGGCCGAGGGUGGGAGGCAGCUUCCGCCAUAGAGGAGGGGCUGUAGUGGCCACCGCAGCGGAGCCCGAGUUCUUUUGCCACGAAAAUGGUUUUCACAAUCCUGAACAUGUACUAUUCAUGCUGAUGGGACAGGAUUCAAUAUGAAUAUAAAUGAUGGAGGAAGACGACGCUUUGAGGAUAAUGAACAUACAUUGCAUAUAUAUCCUGGGACAAUUUCAGAAGGGACAAUCUACUGUCCUAUUCCUGCCAGAAAAAAUUCCACAGCUGCUGAGGUGAUCGACUCUCUUAUAAACAGACUUCAUCUUGACAAAACAAAAUGUUAUGUUCUAGCAGAGGUAAAGGAAUUUGGUGGAGAAGAAUGGAUACUCAAUCCAACAGACUGUCCAGUUCAACGAAUGAUGUUGUGGCCUCGAAUGGCUCUGGAAAAUCGCCUAAGUGGAGAGGACUACCGAUUUCUUUUGAGAGAAAAAAACCUUGAUGGGUCAAUCCAUUAUGGUAGUCUUCAGUCAUGGCUACGGGUAACAGAAGAACGUCGCAGGAUGAUGGAACGGGGUUUUCUUCCACAGCCUCAACAGAAAGACUUUGAUGAUUUAUGUAGCUUACCUGAUUUGAAUGAGAAAACUCUCUUAGAAAAUCUACGAAAUCGCUUUAAGCAUGAAAAAAUUUAUACCUAUGUUGGCAGUAUUCUAAUAGUCAUUAACCCAUUCAAGUUUCUUCCUAUUUAUAACCCCAAAUAUGUAAAAAUGUAUGAUAACCACCAGUUGGGAAAACUUGAGCCUCACAUUUAUGCUGUGGCUGAUGUAGCUUAUCAUACCAUGCUUCAGCGCAAAAAGAAUCAGUGCAUUGUGAUUUCAGGAGAGAGUGGUUCUGGGAAGACUCAAAGCACAAACUUUCUUAUUCACCACCUUACUGCUCUCAGUCAGAAGGGAUUUGCCAGUGGAGUGGAACAAAUUAUUCUUGGAGCCGGACCAGUUCUUGAGGCCUUUGGAAAUGCAAAGACAGCUCAUAAUAAUAAUUCAAGUCGUUUUGGCAAGUUUAUUCAAGUAAAUUACCAAGAAACAGGCACUGUACUUGGUGCCUAUGUUGAAAAAUAUCUACUGGAGAAGUCCAGACUCGUUUAUCAAGAGCAUAAUGAACGAGAAAGUGGAAGAGAGGGGUGCGGGGAGACAGAGGAAAUAACAAAGAAACCCCUCAGACAGAGCUGGGAUGAUUAUUGCUGUGAUUCUGAGCCGGAUUGCUUCACAGUGGAGGGGGAGGAUUUGAAGCAUGACUUUGAACGCUUACAACUGGCCAUGGAAAUGGUAGGAUUUCUUCCCAAGACACAAAGACAGAUUUUCUCUCUUCUAUCAGCAAUACUACAUUUGGGUAAUAUCUGUUACAAAAAGAAGACAUACCGGGAUGACUCCAUAGAUAUCUGUAAUCCUGAAGUUCUUCCUGUUGUCUCAGAAUUAUUAGAAGUUAAAGAAGAGAUGCUAUUUGAAGCGUUAAUUAUGAGGAAGACUGUGACAGUGGGAGAAAAGCUUAUUUUACCAUACAGACUGGCAGAGGCUGUGACAGUGAGGAAUUCCAUGGCUAAGUCUUUAUAUAGUGCCCUAUUUGACUGGAUAGUUUUUCGGAUUAAUCAUGCACUUCUGAAUAGUAAAGAUUUGGAGCAAAAUACCAAGACUUUGUCAAUUGGUGUUCUUGAUAUUUUUGGCUUUGAAGAUUAUGAAAAUAAUAGCUUUGAACAGUUCUGCAUUAAUUUUGCUAAUGAACGUUUACAACACUACUUUAAUCAGCAUAUCUUUAAACUGGAGCAGGAGGAAUACAGAGCUGAAGGUAUCAGCUGGCACAAUAUAGAUUAUAUAGAUAACACCUGUUGCAUAAAUCUUAUUAGCAAGAAACCAACAGGACUGCUCCAUCUUUUAGAUGAAGAAAGCAAUUUUCCACAGGCUACAAAUCAAACAUUGCUAGAUAAAUUUAAGCAUCAACAUGAAGAGAAUUCUUACAUUGAAUUUCCAGCUGUGAUGGAGCCUGCUUUCACCAUAAAGCAUUAUGCCGGGAAAGUAAAAUAUGGGGUAAAGGAUUUCCGGGAAAAAAAUACAGAUCAUAUGCGCCCUGACAUUGUAGCUCUUCUGAGAAGUAGCAAAAAUGCAUUUAUCUCUGGGAUGAUUGGAAUUGAUCCUGUAUCUGUUUUCCGAUGGGCGGUUCUCCGAGCCUUUUUCAGGGCUAUGGUUGCUUUCAGGGAAGCCGGGAAGAGACAUAUUCAGAGAAAAACUGGGCAUGAUGAUACAGCGCCAUGUGCAAUUUUGAAAAGUAUGGAUAGUUUUAGCUUUCUCCAACACCCAGUCCACCAGAGGAGCUUAGAGAUUCUGCAGAGGUGCAAGGAAGAGAAGUACAGUGUAACCCGGAAAAAUCCUAGGACACCUCUUUCUGAUCUCCAGGGCAUAAAUACUUUAAAUGAAAAAAACCAACAUGAUACAUUUGAUAUUGCCUGGAAUGGCAGAACUGGGAUUCACCAGAGCAGACUAUCAAGUAACACCUCCUUGCUUGACAAAGAUGGGAUAUUCGCUAACUCAGCUAGCAGCAAACUAUUGGAAAGAGCCCAUGGAAUUCUCACGAGAAACAGAAACUUCAAAUUCAAGCCUGGCCUUCCAAAGCACUUGCUAGAGGUAAAUUCUUUAAAGCACCUGACAAGACUGACUCUGCAGGAUCGCAUUACCAAAUCCCUUCUUCAUUUGCACAAGAAGAAGAAACCUCCCAGCAUCAGUGCUCAGUUUCAGGCCUCAUUAAACAAGCUGAUGGAGACACUUGGUCAAGCAGAACCAUAUUUUGUAAAAUGCAUUCGCUCUAAUGCAGAAAAGCUGCCAUUAAGGUUCAAUGAUGCCUUGGUACUUAGACAGCUUCGGUAUACUGGGAUGCUGGAGACAGUUCGAAUUCGCCAAUCAGGAUACAGCUGCAAAUACUCUUUCCAGGAUUUUGUGAGCCACUUCCAUGUACUUCUUCCUCGAAAUACUAUUCCAUCUAAAUUUUACAUUCAGGAUUUCUUCAGGAAAAUAAAUAUUAAUCCAAAUAAUUAUCAAGUUGGAAAAUCCAUGGUGUUCCUAAAGGAACAGGAACGACAGCACCUACAAGAUCUGCUUCACCAAGAGGUGCUCCGCAGAAUAAUAUUGUUACAACGAUGGUUUAGGGUCUUGCUGUGCAGGCAGCAUUUUCUCCAUCUGAGACAGGCAUCAGUUAUCAUUCAGCGAUUCUGGCGGAAUUACCUAAAUCAAAAGCAAGUCAAAGACGCAGCUGUGCAAAAGGAUGCUCUAGUUAUGGCUAGUGCAGCUACUCUUCUCCAGGCUUCCUGGCAUGCUCACUUAGAGAGGCAGCGGUAUUUGGAGCUCCGGACUGCAACCAUCAUCAUCCAGCAGAGAUGGAGGGAGUGCUAUAGGUGGAGGCACAUGGCUGCUAUUUGUAUACAGGCAAGAUGGAAAGGCUACAGGGAAAAUAAGAAGUAUCAAGAACAAAGGAACAAAAUUAUCCUUUUGCAGUCAAUAUGUAGAGGAUUCAGAGCAAGACAAAGAUUUAAAGCUUUAAAAGAACAAAGGCUAAAAGAAACAAAACUAGAACUUGGAUUGAUGAAUAUUGAGCCACAUGGAGCUCUGAAAAUUCAGGGUUCAGACCCUUCAGAAUGGGAGGAUUGUUCUUUUGACAACAGAGUAAAAGCCAUAGAGGAAUGUAAAUCUGUGAUAGAGAGUAAUCGAAUUAGUUCAGUGGACUGCUUGAAGGAUUCCCCAAACAAGCGACAGGAGAGAGCCAGAAGCCAGAGUGGUGUGGACUUGCAGGAAGAUGUGAUUAUAAGAGAGAGACCCAAGUCCUUGGAGGAUCUCCACCAGAAAAAAGUAGGUCGGGCCAAAAGAGAAAGUCGGAGAAUGAGAGAACUAGAACAAGCUAUAUUUAGCUUAGAAUUGCUAAAAGUUCGUUCUCUUGGUGGUGUGUCUCCUUCAGAAGAACGCCGAUGGUCUACAGAACUGAUGCCUGAGGGCCUUCAGUCUUUACAGGGUACACCUGAUAGUGAAAGCUCUCAAGAAAGCUUGGAACUUCUGAGCUGCGAGGAAAGCCAAAAGAGCAAACUAGAGUCUGUAAUGUUAGAUGAAGGAGACUUGCAGUUUCUAUCACCUAAGAUAUCUAGCAGUCAAAAAUUUGAUUCACAGGCCAAUGCCCGAAGUACCUCAAGUGAGACUAACUAUACAUUGAGUCAAAAGGGAGCAUCCUCUGACUCAAUGCAUUUGAAGAAUGGGACUAUGAAGGAAAAACUGGUUUGCAGUUCUGAAUCUAUUACCUGUAAGCCACAACUGAGAGACUCCUUUGUUUCCAGUAGUUUGCCUACAUUUUUUUAUAUUCCUCAACAAGACCCACUGAAAACAAGUUCCCAACUAGACACAAGUAUCCAGAGAAACAAACUAAUGGAAAGUGAAGAAACAAUUCCAGCUCUUACUUUGGAUAUUAACAGGAAAACUAGAAAGUAUCGCUACUCAGGAGAAAAUCAAGUUGUUGCUUUGAGUACAGAUUCUUCUAAUACUGUGCUUAAGAAGUUGGAAAAGCUGAACACUGAGAAGGAAGAAAGGCAAAAACAGUUGCAGCAGCAGAAUGAAAAAGAGAUGAUGGAACAGAUUAGACAGCAAACAGAUAUUUUAGAGAGGGAGCGUAAAACCUUCAAGACAAUUGAAAAACAAAGAAUUGGGGAGUCUUUUCCAGUAUCAUCUUUCUAUCAAUCAAAACCAAGAGUAGAGAGGCCAUCCUCUCUCCUCAUUCCGAAUACCCCAAAUAAGAAAGAAUCUGAUGUACUAGGGCAUCCAUCAGUAACUGUAAAAGAUGCAGCUCUUGCCCUAAAAGACAGUCCCUCUGCUCACUUUCCCCUGAAGGAUCGACCUGCCACCCUGUUCUUUGAAAGAAAAGGAGGCCCAUGCCAAUCUAGUACUGUCAAUGAAUUAUCCAAGACAGACAGAAUGUGCAACCAACCGAAUGUAGCCUGUAAAUUCAAUAAUAAUGGCAUUUCAAAAAGAGAACACUUUAAGCCAACUCAGUCUAAGAGCCACAAAUCUAAUGACCCUCCCAGAGAUGGAACUACUAUGGCCAUUUUCUUCACACCAAAGGAAAAUAUGAGUAUUUCCCUUGUCAACAGGGAAUUCUUAAACAGUGGAAAUCCUAAAGUCCAUAAACAAGAUGAACCAAUUUGGAAACCUAUGAAGUUAACUGGGCCGGGCCAAGGAGAGACAUCACAACGAUUUUCUUCGGUUGAUGAAGAAACAAAACUUCAUAAGACUAUGUCUCAAGGAGAGAUUGCGAAGUUGGCAGUGAGAGAGAAGUCUUCAGAUUCGGAUAUAAGACCUCAGAAAGCGAGGAUGAGAUUCUGGGCCAAAGGGAAACAAGGGGAGAAGAAGACCACCAGAGUGAAACCUGCCACCCAGUCGGAGGUUUUACCGCUCUUGGCUGGCUCAGAUAUGAUUCCAAUGCAUCAGUUUCCAGAUGAAUUAGCUCAGUAUCACCCAACACCUCCUUUGAGCCCAGAAUUGCCUGGUAGUUGCCAGAAGGAGUUCAAAGAGAACAAAGAGCCCUCUCCAAAGGCAAAGCGCAAGCGAAGUGUGAAGAUCAGCAGCCUGGCUUUGGAAUCUAUGCAUUGGCAAAAUGACUCUGUCCAGAUCAUAGAAAGUGCCAGUGAUUUAAAGAGCAUGGAUGAAUUUCUUCUGAAAAAGAUGAAUGACCUAGAUAAUGAAGACAGCAAGAAAGACACACUAGUGGAUGUUGUAUUUAAAAAAGCCCUGAAAGAAUUCCGGCAGAAUAUCUUCAGCUUUUAUUCAUCUGCAUUGGCGAUAGAUGAUGGGAAAAGCAUACGGUAUAAAGACCUCUAUGCACUAUUUGAGCAGAUUCUGGAAAAGACCAUGAGACUUGAGCAGCGAGAUUGGAGAGAAUCUCCAGUCAGAGUUUGGGUCAACACUUUUAAAGUGUUUUUAGAUGAAUAUAUGAAUGAAUUCAAGACUUUGGAUUGUAUACCCCCAAAGGUGCCAAAAACAGAAAGAAAGAAAAGAAGGAAAAAAGAAACUGAUUUAGUGGAAGAGCACAAUGGUCACAUCUUCAAGGCCACUCAAUAUAGCAUUCCUACGUACUGUGAGUACUGUUCUUCUUUGAUAUGGAUAAUGGACCGAGCCUCUGUUUGCAAAUUAUGCAAAUAUGCUUGCCAUAAGAAGUGCUGUCUGAAAACCAUAGCCAAGUGUUCUAAAAAGUAUGACCCAGAGCUAUCAUCUCGACAAUUUGGGGUUGAACUGUCCCGUUUGACUAGUGAAGACCGAACUGUUCCUUUAGUGGUGGAAAAGCUCAUAAACUACAUUGAAAUGCAUGGACUGUACACAGAAGGUAUUUACCGAAAGUCUGGUUCAACUAAUAAAAUCAAGGAGCUUCGACAAGGUCUAGACACAGAUGCUGAGAGUGUAAACCUAGAUGACUAUAACAUACACGUCAUUGCAAGUGUAUUCAAACAAUGGCUUCGUGAUUUGCCCAAUCCACUCAUGACCUUUGAACUGUAUGAAGAAUUUCUUCGAGCUAUGGGUCUUCAGGAAAGGAAAGAGACAAUUCGUGGUGUAUACUCUGUGAUUGAUCAGCUCUCCCGAACUCAUCUUAAUACACUGGAACGCCUCAUCUUUCAUCUUGUCAGGAUUGCUCUGCAGGAAAACACUAAUCGAAUGUCUGCUAAUGCUUUAGCCAUUGUGUUUGCACCCUGCAUUCUACGCUGCCCUGAUACCAUUGACCCACUACAAAGCGUGCAGGACAUCAGUAAGACUACCACUUGUGUGGAGCUGAUUGUUGUGGAACAAAUGAAUAAAUAUAAGGCUCGUCUCAAAGACAUCAGUAGCCUGGAAUUUGCUGAGAAUAAGGCAAAGACCAGGUUGUCACUGAUUCGUAGAUCAAUGGGAAAGGGGUGUCUUCGUCGAGGAAACUAUGCAAGUCCAUCCUCUCCUGUUGUAGUUCGGUUGCCCUCUAUGUCUGAUGUCCCAGAAGAGACCUUGACUAGUGAGGCAGCCAUGGAGAUGGACAUCACAGAACAGCAGCAAGCAGCUAUGCAGCAGGAGGAGAGAGUGCUGACUGAACAGAUUGAGAACCUACAGAAAGAGAAGGAGGAGCUAACAUUUGAGAUGCUGAUACUGGAACCCCGUGCCUCUGAUGAUGAAACCCUUGAGUCUGAGGCCUCCAUUGGGACCGCCGAUAGCUCAGAAAACUUAAAUAUUGAGUCUGAAGGUGCCAUCUCUGAGAAAUCAGAGAGAAGCUUGGCUCUUAGCUCCCUGAGGGCAGCUGGCAAGUCUGCACCUUCUAGCAAGUUGAGAAAGCAGCUAAAAAAGCAGCACGACUCUUUGGAUUCAGUGGACUCUUCAGUCUCUUCUCAUGGGACCAGAAAACGAUUUCAGAUUUAUUCCAAAUCUCCAUUCUACCGAGCUGGCUCAGCUGGUGAGGCCCUGGAAAUGGAGGGACCAUUGGGCCUGACCAAAUCCCUAGAAGACAGACCUCAGUUCAUCAGCAGAGGAACCUUCAACCCUGAAAAGGGCAAACAAAAAUUAAAGAAUGUGAAAAACUCACCUCAGAAAACCAAAGAGACCCCAGAGGGGACCGUGGGGUCUGGCCACAGGAAAACUGUGGACCCAGACUGCAGCUCUACCCAACAGCCAGCUCUCUUUGGAAAUAAUGAGUUUAUGGUCUGAACUAGCAGAUGUAUAUUCCUUCAUAGCUGCAGAGUAGUAAACACAUCUCAUUUUUAGGCCUCUUCUCAUUGCCUCGUCCACAAUAGUCCAUUCUAAGUGAGGUCCAGCCUCUUGUCCAAGCAUACAACCAAGACCUGGUGUGCUAAUUUCCUGGGCCUCCUAUGGAAGUGGAAAGGCCUCUUUGAAGCCUGCCGGGAUGGUGCCAGCUGUGCCUUGGCUGCAGUAUUUGACCAGAGAUUUCACUAACAAAGCCACCUAGCUAGGACUUGGGGAUUUGGGUCAGUCGUGGAGGUCUUGUAGUUGCCUCUCUUCCAUCCUCUUUUCCCUUUCCAGAGGUGGGUGUGGAACUGGUGAGCACAUUGUGGGCCUGAGGGGCGCAUUGAUUUCUGGCCUUGGAAGAAAACAUGUAAAUCUUUCUUAACCUGUAAGCAAAAGCCUUUCAGUUUAUUUUGGGAUAGUUAGGAGCUGGGGUAGGAUAUACUUUUUCCCCCCAAGGAUUUAUAAAAAAAGGCUAAGCCCUCUAUUUUAAGAUUUUUUUGAAAAACACUUCAUGUUAUAUUCUGGGGAAAGUAAAAAGGCAAUUGUUUCCAUUAAGCCAUCAGAGCAUGUCUCAGACCUCUGGUUACACAAUGAAGAAGAGAGUAGAAGUUUUGUUUUUUGAUGAUGUUUGAUGUAAUAAUAAUCAAUGCUGGUUUAACUUCUAGUUAGUUCCUGCCAAAUAUAUUGCAUGGGCUGAAGUUUCAGUAGCCAUACUGUUCUCAUAUUCUCUGGUCCUAGAAUCAGUUUCCUCUAAUUUUCUUAAAUGACCCAGAGAUAUGAACACUAAACAUGAGGGUUUCACCCUAAUCCAUCCACGCUUUUCUCUUUGUGUAGAUUGAACUGAAGAUCACAUAUUCAUCUGCUGGUAGAUUUCAACCUAGAACUCAAAAACAAAUGACCAAUUAAUCAAUUCUCUCAAAACAUUCACAACACAAUACUACAUGAAUAAGUGUUACAGAAAGCUGCCAAAAAAUAAGAGAGAACUUUUUCAGAUGACCCAUCUAACUUAUUUUUUCCUCAGACCAUCAGUAUUAAAUAGACUUUUUUAAAAA